AAAGCUCACUCUCUCAAGUUGAAAAAACUUAUGGACAAGUUGUCACUGAAAUUAAAUGGUGGUAGAUGUGUCCAAGGAAUACUGUGGGGAUUCAGUCAUUUUAUGAAUCUUAUGAUAAAUGAAUGUGUGAAGAUGGCAAUUAGUGGGCAGCAGAACAAUAUUAGAACAGUGGAAAUAGGAGGAAACAGUAUCAUCACGUUAAAAGCCUUGGAACAAGUCUAA